AUGAAAACAAUUGAUCCCAAAGUUGAAAUUGGAAAGUUGUUAACGAAAGAAGGUGCAGGUCCUUCGAAGAAGUCUACGACUUCAAACAAGAAUGAGACCAUCAAUCCUGAGCUGAUUAUUAAAGAAACAAAUACAUCAAAGUCUCUAAAGACGAAGGUUGAUGAGGUAGUUUCAAAAGCUGUAUUAAAACCUAUUGAACCUGUUGUUACAGAACCAACUUCAGUUAUUAUUCCUUCGAAGACUGGAGUUUUUCGCAAAUUAAAGCUGAAGUAUGUUGGUUCUCUUACUUCGAAUGUGGUUCUCAAAACUCGUCUUACUCACCAAGGAGUACUUAUGCGCGAAGUCCUAGCUCCAGUUUCUCCUCACUCAAAGAAACGAAGAGUUGAGGAUAUGGCCAAAAAGAUUUCGAAGAAAAAGAAGACAAAGAAGAGGCAACUAGUCAUUCCAACGGACUCAUCUGAAGAAGAACAAGUGCCAGAAUCACCCGAACCGAACCUAUUAUACAGCCUACUUCUCCUGAGAAGAUUGUUGUCAUACCACCCGAAGUUUCGUCUACCAAAUCAUCUCAUGAGGAGUUACGAACUUCAUACAUCACUGCAAAUGUAUCUGAUACAGGUACCUUUGUUUCUUUACCUCCAUUCAUCAUCUCUACUACUUCCACCACUUAUUCACCAACCUUCCAAAACAUCAUUGAUCAGCCCUUUACAUCCAUCUUUUCAUCUCAAUCCACCAAACCCAAAUGAUGACUCUGAUAAUGAAAAAGGAGGCUUUAGCGAUACUUUUGAAGAUUUGGCCUUUGAUGAAGAAAAGGAGGAUUCUCCUAAUCAUAUGCUCAUGUCCAUGAAACAAUUCGAAAUUCUGAAUAAGAAGCUUAAUUCUAUUAUUCAGUCACAAGCAGACAUGGGAGGAGGAAGUUUGACUUCGACUUUUGAAAUUGAUGCGUUAAUGAAAGCUUUUGAGGCAAGAAUGAUGAUUCGAGUAUCUGGUAUGAUCAGAGACUCAGAAUCCAGAAUCCUGGAGAAGAUUGAUCAAGCUGAUCAAACAACAAAGUUAAGGAUCAAUUCUUUCGAUUCGAAGUAUGUUGGAGCAGUGAAAGAAUUAACAAAUAUUCAAAAUGAACGACAUACGUUGUUUGUUAUGGACGUGAAGAAGGUGAGAGAAGAUGUGAACCAGAAGCUUCAAGAGCUUCGUGAUGGCAUGGUUCGUGAAGUUGCAAUUGUGUAG